AUGUUCACAAGACCAGCCAAACAAUCAAAAGCUGCUACGAUCGCGUCAUUUAAAAUAUCUCAUAUAUUGGCGAAACACAAGAAACCAUUCGAAGAUGGAUCGGUGGUGAAGGAAGCAUUUAUUGAAGCGGGUGACACUUUAUUUGGAGAUUUUAAAAAUAAAACAGAAAUCAUGUCUGCUAUUAGAGAACUUCAGAACGUCCGACUGUCACAAGGCUUCGACGAAUCCCCUGAUAUGACAGACACUGCCCAGCUGUGUAUUUUUAUUCGGAUGGUAUUCAAUGACAUGUCGGCUAAGGAAGAAUUUUUUAGAAUCAUUCCUCUGAAGGGGAAGACCCGUGGCGAAGAUAUAUAUGAAGUUUUCUUUAAUUCUGUAAAAAACUACGAGCUACCAAUAUAUAAAUUAGUGAGCAUUACAAUCGAUGGAGCAGCAGCAAUGACUGGAAACAAAAACGGUUUUGUGGCAUUGUGUCGAGCUAAUGAAUUGCAGUUGGAAGAUAGGGAGUCAGCUGAACACACUGAUUUAGUUCUUUACACAGACGUCAAGUGGUUGAGUCGCGGAAAGUUCCUACAAAGGUUUCAAGAAUUAUUGCCCGAAAUAACAGCUUUUCUAGACGAAAGAGGUGAUGAACUCAUAUUUUGUAAAACGAAAAAUGGCUGA